AUGAACCAUGUGGAUGUAGUGCGGUCUGCAGCGGGAUCAGAGGAGGCGGAGUCCGAGGACAUUGUGCGUGGACCGCGGCUACACGCGUUCUCUCUGUGUGGACUCCUGCAACUUCACACCGGCUUCUCUCCAGCCUCUCUGCACCCACGGACCUGCGAGCCCAACCAAGCCCGAGCAAACAUGUCGGCCUCUGCGGGAAAAGCGAGUAAAAAAGAGGCAAACUCGAACCACGAAGCGGGAGACGAGACCUCCGAAAAAGAGCAACAGGAGGCCAUUGAACACAUCGAUGAAGUUCAGAAUGAAAUUGACAGGUUGAUCGAAAGUGCCAGUGAGGAGAUCCUUAAAGUAGAACAGAAAUACAACAAACUCCGUCAGCCGUUCUUUCAGAAGAGGUCAGAACUCAUCGGAAAAAUCCCAAACUUCUGGGUCACUACGUUCGUCAAUCAUCCACAAGUAUCUGCUCUUCUUGGCGAGGAGGACGAGGAGGCGCUGCAUUACCUGAGCCGAGUGGAGGUCACAGAGUUUGAGGACAUCAAGUCGGGAUACAGAAUAGAAUUUUAUUUUGAUGAAAAUCCGUACUUCGAAAACAAAGUUCUUUCCAAAGAGUUUCAUCUGAACGAGAGCGGAGACCCUUCUUCAAAAUCCACAGAAAUCAAAUGGAGAUCAGGAAAGGACCUGACCAAACGCGUCAGUCAGUCACAGAACAAAGGCGCCCGGAAGCGGCAACACGAGGAGCCCGAGAGCUUCUUCACCUGGUUCACCGACCACGCCGACGCCGGGGCCGACGAGCUGGGAGAGGUCAUCAAGGACGACAUCUGGCCCAACCCGCUGCAGUACUACCUGGUUCCAGACAUGGACGAUGAGGAGGGAGAAGGUGAGGAGGAGGAUGAAGACGAGGAGGGUCUGGAGGACAUCGACGAAGAAGGAGAUGAAGACGGAGAGGAGGAAGACGAGGAUGAAGGAGAGGACGGAGAGGAGGACGAAGGCGAGGACGACUAA